CCAGAAUCCCACCUUCAACUGAGAUCUAUUAGUUUCCCCUUUAAUGACUUGUUUUGACUGUGUGGUUUUUACUUUUGCAGGUCCAUCCCUGAAAGUAAUUAGUACGUUGUCUGUAGGAUAUGACCAUCUUGCUAUUCCUGAAAUUAAAAAGCGUGGGAUCCGUGUGGGAUACACGCCAGACAUUCUGACAGAUGCCACUGCUGAGCUCACAGUAGCUUUGCUCCUAGCAACAUCUCGCAGGCUGCCUGAAUCAGUGGUGGAAGUGAAGAAUGGUGGUUGGACAACAUGGAAGCCUCUCUGGAUGUGUGGCUAUGGACUUUCUGGCAGCACUGUUGGGAUUAUAGGACUAGGAAGAAUAGGACUUGCUGUAGCACGGCGUCUAAAACCUUUUGGAGUCAAGAAGUUUUUGUAUGCAGGACGUCACCCCAAACCUGAAGCUGAUACAGAAUUGAAUGCAGAAUUUGUACCAAUUGCAAAGCUAGCAGAAGAAUCGGACUUUGUCAUCAUAACGUGUUCUCUGACACCUGACACCCAAGGGAUGUGCAAUCGGGACUUCUUUUCCAAGAUGAAGAAAACAUCUGUGUUCAUCAACACAAGCAGGGGUGCUGUGGUCAAUCAAGAUGACCUUUAUGAAGCUUUAGUCAAUGGCCACAUUGCAGCAGCUGGCCUAGAUGUUACAACCCCAGAACCUCUGCCUACUAAUAAUCCACUUCUUUCCCUCAAGAACUGUGUCAUUUUGCCACAUAUCGGAAGUGCCACCUAUGCAACAAGAAAUACUAUGUCCGUGUUGGCUGCCAAUAAUCUUCUGGCUGGCUUGAAAGGAGAGAACAUGCCGAGUGAACUCAAGCUGUGAGAAACAAUACAAGUUUGUGGGUUUUCACUUCCUUAGCACUGUUUUAAAUAAAACAUAUAACGUUCACAACCUA